UCUCUUGAUCGGUUCCGCCAUUGGCAACCUCCUCCUCCUCCUCACGACCUCGACGCGUUUCUCUUUUUUCUGGAACAGGAGGGAAUCGAGGAGGGUGAUCGGCGAUCGAUGCUAACGGCCGUGCUAGCGUGAACGAUCGGAUCGAGCGGCGUCGAGAUGGCGGGGAACGAGUGGAUCAAUGGGUACCUGGAGGCGAUACUGGACAGCGGCGGCGCGGCGGGAGGAGGAGGAGGAGGAGGAGGAGGUGGGGGAGGGGGUGGCGCAGGAGGAGGCGCGGGAGGGGACCCGAGGUCGCCGGCGGCGGGGGCGUCGCCGUCGAGGGCGGCGAGCCCGCGCGGGCCGCACAUGAACUUCAACCCGACGCACUACUUCGUGGAGGAGGUGGUGAAGGGCGUCGACGAGAGCGAUCUCCACCGGACGUGGAUCAAGGUGGUCGCCACCCGCAACGCCCGCGAGCGGAGCACCCGCCUCGAGAACAUGUGCUGGCGCAUCUGGCACCUCGCGCGCAAGAAGAAGCAGCUGGAGCUUGAGGGCAUCCAGAGGAUAUCGGCACGGAGGAAGGAGCAGGAGCAGGUGCGCCGCGAGACCACAGAGGACCUCGCGGAGGAUCUCUCUGAAGGCGAGAAGGGCGACACCGUCGGUGAACUGAUGCCGCAGGACACUCCCAAGAAGAAGUUCCAGAGGAACUUCUCUGACCUCACAUUCUGCUGGUCUGACGAGAACAAGGAGAAAAAACUCUACAUUGUGCUCAUCAGUCUACACGGUCUAGUUCGUGGAGAUAACAUGGAACUUGGUCGGGAUUCAGAUACCGGUGGUCAGGUGAAAUAUGUUGUUGAGCUCGCAAGAGCACUUGCAAUGAUGCCUGGCGUAUACAGAGUGGACCUGUUCACUCGUCAAGUGUCAUCUCCUGAUGUGGACUGGAGCUACGGGGAGCCUACUGAAAUGCUGUCCUCUGGCUCCAUCGACGGAGAGGGGAGCGGCGAGAGCGCCGGCGCCUACAUUGUGCGCAUCCCGUGCGGUCCAAGGGACAAGUACCUCCGCAAGGAGGCCCUGUGGCCUUACCUCCAGGAGUUCGUCGACGGGGCUCUCGCGCACAUCCUGAACAUGUCCAAGGCUCUGGGGGAGCAGGUUGGCAACGGGAAGUUCGUCUUGCCGUACGUGAUCCAUGGCCACUACGCCGAUGCCGGAGACGUCGCCGCUCUUCUCUCUGGCGCGCUGAAUGUGCCGAUGGUUCUCACUGGCCACUCGCUCGGGAGGAACAAGCUCGAGCAGAUCAUGAAGCAAGGGCGCAUGUCGAAGCAGGAGAUCGAUUCGACCUACAAGAUCAUGCGGCGUAUCGAGGGCGAGGAGCUGGCGCUGGAUGCAGCGGAGCUUGUGAUCACGAGCACGAGGCAGGAGAUUGAUGAGCAGUGGGGACUGUAUGAUGGCUUUGAUGUGAAACUGGAGAAAGUGCUGAGGGCACGAGCGAGGCGUGGAGUCAGCUGCCAUGGCCGUUUCAUGCCUAGGAUGGUGGUGAUUCCUCCUGGGAUGGAUUUCAGCAGUGUUGUGGUUCCUGACGACAUCAGCGAUGGAGAUGGCGAUCCCAAGGACGAUACGGUUGGUUUUGAGAUUGCAUCACCGAGAUCGCUUCCCCCAAUUUGGGCUGAGGUGAUGCGGUUUUUGACCAAUCCCCACAAGCCAAUGAUCCUGGCUCUGUCAAGACCUGAUCCUAAGAAAAAUAUCACCACCCUUGUCAAAGCAUUUGGAGAAUGCCGCCCACUGAGGGAGCUUGCUAACUUAACUCUGAUCAUGGGGAACAGGGAUGACAUUGACGACAUGUCGGCCGGCAAUGCAAGUGUCCUCACCACUGUCCUGAAGCUGAUUGACAAGUAUGAUCUGUACGGAAGUGUUGCAUUCCCCAAGCAUCACAAGCAGGCAGAUGUACCGGAGAUUUAUCGGCUCACCGCAAAGAUGAAGGGCGUCUUCAUCAAUCCUGCUCUCGUUGAGCCUUUCGGACUUACCCUGAUCGAGGCUGCUGCUCAUGGUCUCCCUAUUGUCGCCACCAAGAAUGGCGGGCCGGUCGACAUUACAAAUGCACUGAACAAUGGUCUACUCGUAGAUCCGCACGACCAGCACGCCAUCGCUGACGCGCUGCUGAAGCUGGUGGCUGACAAGAACCUGUGGCAAGAAUGCCGGAAGAACGGGCUGCGCAACAUCCAGCUCUACUCGUGGCCGGAGCACUGCCGGACCUAUCUCACCAGGAUAGCCGGCUGCCGGAUCAGGAACCCACGCUGGCUGAAGGACACGCCGGCGGACGCGGCCGCCGAGGAGGAGGAGGCCCUGGAGGACUCCAUGGACGUCCAUGACCUCUCCCUGCGCCUGUCCAUCGACGGCGAGCGCGGCUCAUCCAUGAACGACCCUCCGUCGUCGGACCCGCAGGAUUCGGUGCAGAGGAUCAUGAACAAGAUCAAGCGGUCGUCGGGGCCGUCUCCUCCUCAGGCUGCGUCCGCCGACGCGGACGGCGCCAAGAUCCCGACCGAGACGACCGCCGGCGCGGUGAACAAGUACCCGCACCUCCGCCGUCGCCGCCGGCUGUUCGUCAUAGCUGUGGACUGCUACGGCGACGACGGCAGCGCCAGCAAGAGGAUGCUGCAGGUGAUCCAGGAGGUGUUCAGGGCUGUCCGGUCGGACUCCCAGAUGUCCAGGAUCUCCGGGUUCGCGCUGUCGACGGCGAUGCCGCUGCCGGAGACGCUCAAGCUUCUGCAGCUGGGCAAGAUCCCUCCGACCGACUUCGACGCGCUCAUCUGCGGCAGCGGCAGCGAGGUGUACUACCCCGGCACGGCGCAGUGCGUGGACGCCGAGGGGAAGCUGCGCCCCGACCAGGACUACCUGCUGCACAUCAACCACCGGUGGUCACACGACGGCGCCAAGCAGACCAUUGCCAAGCUCGCGCAAGACGGCUCCAGCACCAAUGUCGAGCCGGAUGUGGAGUCCUGCAACCCUCACUGCGUCUCCUUCUUCAUCAAAGACCCUAAGAAGGUGAGAACAAUCGAUGAGAUGAGGGAGAGGAUGAGGAUGCGUGGACUCCGUUGCCAUCUCAUGUACUGCAGGAACGCGACGAGGCUUCAAGUUGUUCCUCUCCUAGCAUCGAGGUCACAGGCACUCAGGUAUCUUUUCGUACGCUGGGGCAUGUCCGUGGGUAACAUGUAUCUGAUUGUCGGGGAACACGGCGACACCGAUCACGAGGAGAUGCUGUCGGGGUUACACAAGACGGUGAUUAUCCGUGGCGUCACCGACAAGGGCUCGGAGGCCCUAGUGAGGAGCUCAGGAAGCUAUCCAAGGGAAGAUGUUGUUCCAUCCGAUAGCCCCCUAAUUACUUGCACACAGGGUGAUCUGAAGGCCGAUGCGAUCAUGCGUGCUCUGAAGGAAGUCUCCAAGGCUUCCAGUGGCAUGUAAAUUGGUUGCUUGCUGGGAAGCCUGUGCUCUCCGAAGCCUUGAGGAUUAAGGAGUGCUACCUUGAUGAUGUCCUCUCGCUUUUUAACUGAAAAACACUGUUUUUUCUCUCUAAUUUACUGCAUAAUCUUAUGGACACUACCACGAUUUUACCUAGCAGUGAUAAAUAAUUACGACACUGCUGAUGCCAUUGUUGGCUCAAAUGUUUAUGAACUGAUUCAGUUAUGUAUAAGAGAAUUUCUCCUACACUUGUCAAGUACGUAUA